CGCCAGUUCACGGUGGGGUUACGUGUUGGCUUCCUGAGUGGAACGCAGUGACGUUACGGGCACCAGCUGGUGGAAUGUUGAUACAAUGGCUGCGCCGUUCUAUAGGCUGAUGUCUCGAUGUAACCGUUUGUCCAGGAGGACCUUCUCCUUGGCUCUGCUCCAUAGCAGGAGUCGAAGAUGGCAAAGAGUGGCGCUGGGGCUGGGUGCAACUUUGGCCGCUGUUCCCAUUUCACAGUCACAGUCCUCUUCAACGUCUCUUGCUCAUGAGGAUUUAAUCAAACGGGCUGCCUCAUUAGUGACUGAUGGUGCCAAUACUUUCCUGUCACAAACAACACUUGCGCUUAUUGAUGCUUUGACAGAAUAUACUAAGGCUGUCCACACCUUGACGUCACUUCAGCAGCAGUAUACUGGCCUUGUUGGCCACAUAAGCGAAAAAGAGGAAGAUGCCAUUUGGCAGGUCAUAAUUGAGGCUCGUGUAAAGAGUAACAUGUAUCGGGAAAAAUAUCUGAGUUUUGAGUCGAAGUGGAUGACUGCAAUCAAGGUGUCUGAGAUGGCAGCAGAGGCUGCAUAUCAAGCAGGUGCUGAUACAGCGUCAGUAACUGCACAUACUCACAUACAGAUGGCCCAGACCCAGGUGGCAGAGAUCAAGCAACUAGCCCUGAAAGCGGAGGCUAAACUGGCUCAAGUACAAGUGGAAGAAAUUCGUCUGAAAAGAAAAGAAGCAGCUGCAGUGAAAGCCAGCAGAGAGGUUGCAAACCUGCCGGCAAAAGAAGAAGAAAUACCUGAACAGUAUCUACGGGAAGACUAAUCUGUGUAAAGAAAUAAUUUGCUGCGUUGGGAAUUUGGGGAUGGAGUAUUGUGAGGAGCUUUGCAAAUGUUUUUAAAUUAUACAAAUAACAAUUUUGUAAUAAACAGUCCUGUAAAAAGGCCA